GGAAAUAAAUCCAAAAAAUAUAGGGACAAACUGAGCUGCAAUAGAGAGGAACAUAAACAGAUGCUUUAAUUAAUGGGAAGGCAGGUCUACACAUACACACAGAGAGGGCUGAUAGGCAACAGGAGCUAGGUGGGGAUGAGGCACAACUGAACAUAAUCAGCACAGGUGAAUACAGUUAGGGCGGGGCUAAGGGAAAAACAGACCAUUAAACUAAGGUUAACAUUUAAAGGAAAAUAGAAAAUAACACAACAAUGAAAUAUCAAACACAGAUACAAGACAGGGGAACCAGAGGGAACUAAAAAUCCUAUUAAAAAAAAGAGAAAAUCUCAAAACCAAGGAUUACAAAACUGAAUCUCAUCACUAGAAAAACAUUAAAACUCAAACAGAGCCCUUAAACUCAAUUGCAUUAACUAAGAAUCCAAACCUCAGAACCUAAGGACCAUCCUAAGUAUCACAAGUACUUGAGUAAAUGUACUUUCAUCCAGAGCAAACAAAUACAUUGUACAUAUGCAACACCAACACACUGUUAGCUGCAGAUUUCUGUCCAAUUAGAGGAGAUCUUUCCAUUUCUCAUUUGUCUUCAGGAACUUUCUCUAAGCAGCGCUCCAUUCAGUACUGCAAAGUUGUUUUUUUUUCUAAAGUUCAAGGACAUUAAGAUGUGCUCAGAAUAUCAAGCAGUCCUUUUGGUUGUACCUCAAUAGGAUAAUUUGGUGAUGGAUUGCACCGUGUUGAGUGAUACACCUGCCAUCCUGUGGCAUCCUGUGUAUGCUGAGAUUCAUAGCAGCCAGUGAGUAACUAGCUACAGUCCGUGUGGCUGAAAUACCAGAGCUGGCAGAAAUGUGUGAGGGCAAUGUGGAAACAAAACAAGGGGGAUUUUAAAACUCAAGGGGCCCCUGCUUCCCUUUAAAGCGCAGUGUGACGAGAAAGCUAAUAGGUGUCGGAGUGCUGUUAAUAUUUAACAGUUUCCCAUGCAAUAUGCAUGAACAAAGGUAACAGUGUGUGUGGACAUGUUCCUAAUUAACACAACUGCUUCCUUUUUACAAGCACUAACAUGUUACAUAGACAAAGAUAAACAGUGGCUGGGUUAGCUCUCCUCAGGGUCUGACUCAUGCGUCCUUCACACAUUUCAGAGCGACAUCAGCUGCACAUUAGUAACACAGACAUAAAGACAAAUAUCAGUUUGGUAAUGAUAAAAACAACACAAGUAUAUUUUCUAAUGCUUGUAGUUUUAACAGCAAGUCAUCACAGUGUGACGGUGUGUGUGUUGUUGUUGUCACUCGCUCUGUGCAUUCAGAUUAUGUGGAGGAGCUGACGUGUGCGAUGGCCAGCUUGGACCUGCAGGUUCUCAGACCUCCAGCUCUGCAUUACUGUUACCUCCAAAACAAGCAGCCCAGCUCCACGAUCUGACUGUACCUCCCCUCCUCUCCUCUCCCCCUCUCCCUCUCUCUCCCUGGGUGUCCCUCAAUCCUGGGCCCACCAUGGGAGGAUGCUUCUCCAAACCCAAACCAGUUGAAGUAAAAGUGGAACUCUCUCUCCUGGAUAAAGAAAAAGAGGUGGACGGGUUGUCGCCUAAUGGCAAAGCGAGUCCCUUUGCUGAAUGCAGACCUAACGGGGCCCUGGCUCACGGCUCUGAUGAUGACUCCACCCUGCUCCCUCUCUACCACAAACCCCGGGACUAUGUGGAGGCCUCUGUGUGCCACGUUAAAGAUCUGGAAAAUGGACAAAUGCGAGAGGUUGAUUUGGGAAGCGGCAGGGCUCUGUUGAUUAAAGAACAUGGGGAGUUCACAGCCAUGGGCCACAAGUGUCCACACUAUGGAGCACCUCUGGUUAAAGGUGUGCUGUCCAAAGGACAUGUACGCUGUCCCUGGCACGGUGCAUGUUUUAACAUUGCAACAGGAGACAUUGAGGACUUCCCUGGACUGGACAGCCUGCCCAUCUUUCAGGUCAGAGUUGAAAAGGACAAGGUGAUCAUUCGGGCAAACAAGCAGGCUCUUCAGUCACAGAAAAGGUCAAAGCCCAUGGCCCGAUGUUCAGCAGUCAUUAACUCCAACACAGGAUUCAGCCAUGUUCUCAUUAUUGGCUCGGGUCCAGCCGGUUUGGUGUGUGCAGAAACACUGAGGCAAGAGGGCUUCACGGAUCGCAUUGUCAUGUGCACUAUGGACAAACAUCCUCCAUAUGACAGGCCUAAACUGAGUAAGUCCUUAGAGAGCACGGCAGAGCAGCUGAGACUGCGCUCCAUGGACUUCUUGCAAGAUCAUGACAUUGAACUUCUCACAGAGAAAGAGGUGGUGGCAAUAGAUGUGAAAACACAGUCUGUGAUAUUUGAAGAUGGCCUGAGGAUGGAGUACAGGAAACUCUUUAUUGCUACAGGAAGCAGACCAAAACCAAUGAACUACAAGGGCAAAGAUGUCAGGAAUGUGUUUCACCUCAGGACGCCCGAGGAUGCUAACAGCAUAGCGAGGCUAGCCAACAACAAGAAUGCAGUGAUUGUGGGAACGUCAUUUGUGGGUAUGGAGGUGGCUGCAGCUCUGACUGACAAAGCCCACUCAGUCUCUGUCAUCGGGAUCGAGUCGGUCCCUUUUAAAAAAGCUCUCGGGGAGAAAGUAGGGAAAGCCAUAAUGAAGCUGUUUGAGGCAAACAGGGUGAAAUUCUACAUGCUGAACGAGGUGUCAGAGAUGGUUGGCCAUCAUGGACAGUUGAAAGAGGUUGUACUGAAGAGUGGAAAAGUCCUGCGGGCAGAUGUGUGUGUCAUUGGAGCAGGAAGCGUUCCUGCAACAGGGUUCCUGAAACAGAGCGGCAUCCACUUAGACUCCAAGGGCUUCAUUACUGUGAACAAGAAUAUGCAGACGAAUGUUGAUGGGGUCUUUGCUGGAGGAGAUGUGGUGAUGUUUCCUUUCCCACCACGCAACAACAAGAAGGUGAACAUCCCUCACUGGCAAAUGGCUCAUGUACACGGAAAGGUAGCAGCUCUUAGCAUGAUGGGCAGAGCCACUGAGAUCAAAACCGUGCCUUACUUCUGGUCAGCCAUGUUUGGGAAGACCAUACGCUAUGCAGGUUAUGGUGACGGAUUUGAUGAUGUCAUUAUACAAGGAGAUCUGGAUGAACUACGCUUUGUAGCAUUUUAUACAAGGAGUGAGGAGGUGGUUUCUGUCACCAGCAUGAACUAUGAUCCCAUUGUAUCCCGAGUGGCAGAGGUCCUAGGAUCCGGAAAGACGAUUAAGAAGCGAGAUGUAGAGACAGGAGACAUUUCUUGGUUGAUUGACAAAGGCUCUCAAUGACUUCCCAUCUGAAGUUCCCAGUCCCUUCGGACACCUCCAUAUGGACACUCAUGGUGCUGAGACACUGAGCAGCUAUCACAGUCUAUUCACAACACACACAAAUUUGCUGAUAUGACUGUCUGUUUGGGACAUGCUUACCUGAGGACAUCACUCAAACUUGCUUUUUCUCCUAAGAGACACUUUAAAAUAACAAAAGGAGCUACGCGCGACCUGAAAACACUGAGCGACUGUGUUGGCAGGUCUUUUAUUAUUGAUGUUGUCUUGUUUCACAACGAAGUAAUACCGGUGUCAGCCUCCGUGCUGCUGCAAGAUGUAUCUACCUGUACACUUUGUUUAUAAGAAGCCAGGGAAGGGCAAUGAGUUUUUUUGUACAGAUAAUAUUGUAAAUAGUUAUAAUCCUGAAUGCACUGUAACAAAAUAAUAGCAUCCAUUUUCCAGUGAAUGACAGACGUGGUCGUAUGCUUGCAUACAGGCCGUAGAUCUGCAUGGUAUAACUUGCUAUAACAGGAGUUAAAUUAAGCCCCAAACUAGUAAAAAAAAAAAUUUAAUGUAGACACAUGAGCAAAGCUUAAAUCUGCAACAAAAACAAACUGUGUUACCACUUCAGCACAAGCCUGAAUGCAGCUUUUAACCUACUUACCAACUCUCACUCGCAGCGUUAAUUUGUGAUUUAUUAUAAUGGUUAGACUCACAGCUUACCUCUCUGUUAUGGUUGCCUUGCUAGUAGAGUGCACAAAUGGAAUUCUUAUUCUUUGAUCGCAUACUAGUGCUUGCACUGUAGAUUCGUGUAUUUUCUAACAAGUAGGUAUAACGCCUCGAAAAUGAAUAGUGAGCAAUAGUAGCUUAAGGUUAUUUUGGAUAGCCGUCACCCCCUUAGAGACGUUGUUUGUUACUAACUCAGGGAACUGAGGAUUGUGGCCUGGGUUUGCCAGUCCCUCUGCAAGCAGAAAAAUUUAAUUUGUUGCUUGAAUAUUUCCUCCCGGUUACUGCAGUUUUACUGGUUCAGAGCUUGCAAUGCGCUUCAUGAUAGAAAGCAGAUAUUUGAUUACAUCCUGGAGUGCCGCAGAUCCCGAAACACUUGAGCUCUGACACACACGUCAACAAAGCGAUUUAAAAGGCAUUGUUCUCCCUGCAGAGAUGUCUGGAAUGGCAUUUUUAUAACUAAACUUUGAAAUAAAAGUCUUCCAACAAUAACCGCUUUAUGUUACAUUUUAUUUUUCAUGUUAUUCUACUUGUUAUUUGUAUGUCUGUUCUUGACUUUAUUAACUGGAAAAAAAACGUGUAACAGGUUUAAAAAAAUGUUUAAUGAUUUCCAAAGAGGUGACAGAGCAUAGUUUUUGCAUGUUUUUCUUGACAGAUUUCAUUCUGUGAUUCAUGGUUAUUAAAAAUAUAGAUGAAAUCACUUGAGUCUAGAUUUCAUGCAGUAGCACAAACAUUUCACAGAAUUUAUAAAUUAAGUUUCACAACUAUUCAUAUAAAAAUUGGGAGCCAUCUAACAUUAAAAUACAAACAAACUGGGAGUGUUCACAACUAUGUUGCAAAUAGAGGUUUGGAUAAAAGUACGGAUACACCGAUCCAACUUCUCUAUUCGGAUAAAAAUUCUGAAAUGUCAACUCAGUGCUUUUGCGACCAACUCUUUCAGUGCGCCAGAGACGUGUAUUACGAAGCAAGAUUUCAUCUUAGCCAGGUAACUUCAAGUUUAGCCCUGGGUUUUCUGGAUUACGAAGGCAGUUCACAUCUUUCUGGGAUAUAUGACCAUAGAAACUUAUGCCAGACAGCUAAUCUGCUCUGGAGCAGGUUAUGUUUGAGAAGAGAGAUCAGCAGGUAUCCCAUGACCAAUCAGUUCUCCCAAAAAUAGUAUCACCAUUCCUGGAAGAGCCCUUAGGCCUCUCUGCACAGACACUUAAGUCUUAAGUUUUUCUGUCAUUAGAUUCAAUAAGGAAUAUCGAUAUAGACUCCUUCAUAUAGGAUCCUAAAACAGGGCACACAUUUGUACAUGUGGACCUCAUUUGCACCUAAGUUAGAUCUAUAUUUGACCUGUUUUUCAUAUUUUUUCUGCAGCUGAAAGAAUAAGGCAACAAUUGCUUUACACACAUCUCAUCCUCAAUUUACUGUAAUCUGGCAGAUCCUGCUGUUUAUUCGUGAUAGAGCUGUAAUGCUAGUAUGUCUGUUGACUUACACGGUCAGCAUUUAUACCAGCUUUCCUUUCUGGCUUUCAAUCGGCUAGGCUUUAUUAAUGUAGUAGUGCUUUUCCAGUCUUACUGACCAAAAUUCUUCAUAAAGUGCCUUUUAAUAAUAUAAUCUUUCUAUUAUGUUUACACACUCUGCUUUCAGCCAGUAUUGUGUGUGUUUGACUGCUUCAUACUGUUCUAAUAUUAUAGUUUUACCUCCCAUUGUAAAAUCAGCCUAUAAAACGGACAGAUCUGCUGUUAGAGAUUGAUCAGAUGCAAUUCAUGUAAACACAUUCGUAGCCAUGUUGAAAAGUUAACUUAUCGAGCUGAUAACCAUCUUCAUGUGACUGAUUAACCUGCUUGCUAAUGUUAGAGGUUUAUUUAUAUCAGUCACAGCAAUAAAUUAAAAAAAAGAAAACCUCAAAAGCAGCUCUAUUGUUAAUGUCGAGCAUUGGAUCAGUGCAUCUCUAGGAAAAAGCACCUCACAUGUUGACAUCUGUCAACACUAAUAAAUACAUCUACAAACAGUGUGGUGAAGGCAGUAUAUGGUGUCACUAGUUAAAUCUAUCAAUAAAGGACUGGCAGGGUUCAUUGCUUAUUAACACAAGUACGAGGUACCCGACAGCGCAGUUACUUCACUGCACUAUGGUGUCCCUGAGGUGCAAAACACAACAAAAACUAAAUGAAACUGAAACAAGCAAACAAAAAAAAUGUUAAAAAAAAA